AUGGCGGAGAAACAGUGCGACGGGCUCGACAAGCCGGCCGCCGUACAACAGUGCCGGGCUCCGGUGCCGUGCAGUGUCAAACCGUCGGCGGCGGCCACGUACCGGUGGAAGACGUCGCCGUGGUCGGCGUGUUCGGCGUCCUGCGGCCCGGGCGUCCAGAACAGGCGGGUGAGCUGCCGGCUGCACCACGGCGGCGGCGGAAAGGAAUCGUCGCUGCGGAACAACAAGGACACGGUGGCAGAGGACGCGCGGUGCCAGGUCGCGGUGGGCCGGACGCCGGCCACGCAGAGGGCGUGCGUACACCAGCCGCCGUGCGCUUCGGUGACGUCGGUGGCCGCGGUCGCGUCCGCCGACGAAGCGACCGACUACGGCUGGUUGCCGGACGACUGGCGCGACUGUUCGCACACGUGCGGCAAGAAGGGCCGGCAGGUGAGGCGCGUGUUCUGCUACCAGAAGAGGUCCGGCAAAAUAGUGCACCGCCGCCAAUGCGACCGGGCCACCCGGCCGCCCAGAAAACGCAAGUGCAACCAGCGCCGGUGCGUCGGCCACGGGUCGUGCGCCGAAAUCCUUCAGAAACAGCCGGCGGCCGCCGACAAGGAGUACGUGCUCAACAUUCUCGACCGCGACGUGUCCGUCUACUGCCACGGCAUGCGGUCCGGCAAACCGACCGAGUACCUGACGCUACCCAGGGACAACGAAAAUUAUUCCGAAAUCUACGAUCAGAGGUAUUUCGUGUUAGUCUUGGUCAACCGGAUUUCCCUCCCCCCCCCCGUUUUAUUGCCUAGACUUUUGCCCGUUUGAUGUUUCGCGUUUUCCAAUACAUACGCUAACGACUUUUUUUUUACGACGCGCCUAAAAAGAAGCGGCGGGUUGUCUGACCCCGGAUGAAACGUUUUUCGAAAUACCGAACGCUAUUAAAUUUCACACAUUUCAAAGACAUAUGAAAACGGCGAAAAAAAAAAACACUCGACACGCGACACGCGACGGGGAUACGUUGUUUUUUAUUGCGAUCGGUUCCCGCGUUACAUCGGCUGCAACGCGGAUCACGAGCUCGCCCUGCGUCCUGUUUGUCUACUUUGGAAACUUCCCCGCUACAAAACAGUGGCACGAAGCUCUCGCGUCCGGAAUCCCGCUCGCCUUACUCGCCCGCCAAACUCUCCCGGCGCCGCUCUCGACCGCCCAUGCAGCGGCGGAUCCAAGGGGGACCCAAGAGCCUCGACCCCCUUUCCCCCCAGACCACAGACUAUACGUACAUUUUCACUCCCACGGACAAUCGAUUGUUUAACGCGUGGACAAUACAAUAUUUUCAAGGGAAAAAAGUCCACGGUUCACCGGUGCUUACAGAUAUAAAUUGAAUAACCUCUUAUGUGCCCCAGCCUCUCAACUUCUCACCCACAACAGUGUCAGCUCUUUUUUUUUUUUUUUUUUUAAUAAUGAUUUUUUCAAGAUGCCCGUUUUCAAAAUGCAAUUCCCGACCUGUCCCGCGCCCGCGUUCCGUUAUGACGCCGAAACAAAAAUAUGUUGGAAAAAAAAAAUGUUAUCGUUUUCAUUUUUCCAGGCUGAAAGACCCGGCCACGUGCCCGUUCAACGGGGAACGCCGUCAGAACUGCCCGUGCGACAACGUGCCGGUACCGUCGUCCGGACUGACCGUGUUCCAAAAGAUCCGCCUGAACGUCACCUCGAUGAGGGUUGACAGUGAGUGAACAAUUACCACACGACAAUAAUAAUGAUGUUGCGUUUAUUCUAAUAUGAUUACAACGCGAUCGCGGAAAUUUCGCGAUUUCGAUCCGCGAGGGAUGGUCGAACGUACCGUAGUAAAACACUCAUUAGCUCGGAGAGUGUUGGCUUUUUUUUUUUUUAGUAAUUCUAAAAUGUUACGUUACUCUUUUGUUUUUGUCGCCGUUAUACUAAGGGGUGAAACCGCCUGCUACUUUUUAAAAAAUUCUGUAAAUAGAUCGUGGAGUACAUACGUAAAUGCAUUUUUAAAUUUCUGAUUUCCGUCGACCCGUUCGACGGGACACUCCGCUUUUGAAUUUGAGCAGGGGUACGCUACCACAAAUGUAUUGUUUCAUUAUAGCACGUUUUGACUUCUCUCGUGCGUGUAGACAAUCGCGGAAUCUUCGGAAUCGAUAAUACACUGACGGGAUCGAGGAGGUGGGGGGAGAGUUUAAGAGGUAAUAACCUCCCCCCCCCCCCCAUUCCCUUACUCCCGAAUUUUUUCCUUUCGCGCAAAUUGUAUUUAAUCGAUUUCCACGAUGCCCAACAUUGGUUCUACAAUAACCGUUUGAAGCGUCCAACUCGUAGGAAAAAAAAAAAAUAGAAAGAAAAAUGCUACCGGUAGCGGGAUCGUCGGCGGUAAAAAUAUGAAUAAUAAUAAUUGAUCUCGUUGAUUUGCAGCCAAAGACUACACGUUCACCAAACAGAUCAAAGGCAAACCGGUGCCGUUCGGCGAGGCGGGCGAUUGUUACAGCAACUCGAAAAGCGGUUGUCCGCAGGGCAGGUUUAGCAUCGACCUGACGAAAACCGGCAUGCGUGUAUCGUACGGCACCACCUGGGUGGGAAAAGGGUCCGACGCGUCGUUCUGGGUGAACAAGAUAAACGUAAAUAUUAUAUUACCCAUGUUAUAUUAUCAUCACGACAAUAACAAACCGAAACAUUAUUAUCGUCGGAUAAAAUCUUUCUUUUUUUUUUCCGAAAUUCCUCGGGCUCCGCGGGCAUUCCUCGCGCUGCCAUACAACAAUGCGUUUACACGACCACGCCCCCCCCUCCCUACCCCUUUCCCGUUUACCUACUCGUGUUUCACGAGUUUUUUCCCCGAACGACUGCGCUGCAACCGUAUCCCGUUUCGGAAUUUAAUGUUAUUAUUGUAUUUUUUUUUUUUUAAUAUGUAUACAGGCUGUUACAAACGGAGAUCCGGAUAUCUGAAUUAGCUUUUGUUCCGUUUCGAUAUGUUGGACGUUUUUUUCUGCUCGUGACAAUUGCCGUACAACCGCGCGCUUCGAUUAUUGUACAUUAUUAAGUAUAGGUUUUUCAGGAAAAAAAUAUUUACAAAAAUCCAAGACGGCCAAUUUAUAAAUGCACAAAUUUCAAACAAAACUAUCGGUUUUACAAGUAUUUACAUAUGACGGAAUGGUUAAUUUGUCUACAAUUUUUCGAAGUUUACUAUAAUUAAAAUUGUUUCCAUUGUCACUGCUAACUGAUAUCAAUCGGUUCACCAAUAUGUCCGUGAAAUAUAAUUGUAUUAAUGAUUGUUUUCGAGAAACCGUAGGAACUAACGGUGAGUUAGUAAAUAUAUAUAACACAGACACUUUUUCAAAAUACAUUUAUGAAAAAGGCCUCUAAAAUCCCGAAAAAUCUUAAACGGAACAAAAGUUAGUGUCAGGUCUUAGCGCAACACUCUGUAUAUUACAUCGAAACGAAGCGCGAAACAAUAAUAUAGGCAGCCCCAAAACGCUUUUUUUUAUUACUUCAAAAUAUUUCAACAAAACCAGUCGGUUUAUCGUGUGUAAACUAUAUACACAUAUAAAACCUAACCUUGCUUUUGUCCAACGCUGUAGUAAUUCGGGAUGCCGUUAAAAUUCGUUCUUGACCUUUUAGUUUUGGACGGUCCUCCCCGAUUUUCACAUUCCUUGCACAUUCCUUCGGGUGCGUCAGAAAUCGUAGACAAAAUAUCAUAGUUAAAAUUAUAUCAAAACAAACGAAAAAUGUAUAUUAUGUUCUUUACCGAUCGAUAACCAGUAGUCACGAUCGUUUCCUUUAUGAACCCCGGUACCGUUUUAGCGGAUUUUUUUUUUUUUUAUUAGAAUUAGUCUCUUCGCCAACGACAACGGGUUGUGUCAAGUUCCGAAAAAAUCCGCCGAAACGGCGCUGGGAGUCAGUAAUGAGGAAAACAAUAACCGCGCGCCCCCCAGUUGAUUUUUCUGUACAGUGCCUCGCGCGCCGCCUUUCGUUUCCAGUCAUCCUGUAGAUCUUAGUCCGCGAUUAAAAUUCGAUCUUUAACCCGAGUAUACGGAUUUUUACAGGAAAACUUAAAAAUAACCGGCAGAUGCGGCGGAUACUGCGGCUCUUGUGUGCCCGAUCAAGGGUUAACGCUGGAAGUGGCGACACCGUGAAAAAAAAAAAAUUGAUCGCAUUACGAACGGCGGCCGGGCAAUCUCAUCAGCAUCACACGCCCGACACGACCGCCCGACGAUCAUCCAACACCAUUAGUCAUAAUAUAGCACCACCGAGGAUUCCGAUUUUAGGAUCGAAUUUAUUAUAAAAAAAAAAAAAGAAAAAAAAAAAACGUAUAAAUUCCACCGUUAUUCUAUAAUAUUAUAUGUCCGUCUAAUUCGAACCGUGCGAAAUUCUACCGUUGUACGGCGGAUUUUACCGCCAUAGAAAUCCAAAACGCUGGCACCUCCGUUAUUUUGCUUAAGUUAAAAACAACGUUCGGCAGUUUCGGAGGACGGAAUGUUCGCCCAACCGGUUUUGUCUGGAAUCGGUUUGAAGAAUUGAAUUGUUAAUCACUCGCGAAAACGUAUGAAUUAAAAACCGACACCCCCCCACCAUUUUUUUUUAGCCUCGAUUACACAAUUUCCAAAUGCAACGUCUCCCUGCUUGGUGGCCAGUGUCGAAAAAUACGCCGUCGCUUUAGACGUUAUACAGUGCACGGCAUGCAAACGCAUUGCGAAUUCUGCGCAUCGCAUCAUUCAAGAGUUUAACUCGACGUUUAACCCUUGGAUCCCGUCACCCGCUCUCCGGUAUUGUGACAGUUUUUUUUUCGUUUUUUUUUUCGUUUUCUUCCAGCAAACGCGUAUCGCGUCGGACGGAGACCGCGAUCGUCUCCCGCGGGUUCGGACGACGAUAACCGUUUAUUUUUUUUUUCACCCGAUUUUAGACGUCCGCGUGCCGGGGAUGUUUAGCCGUCCGUUGAACGCGGACAAAAUGAAUGCGUUUAGGGCGACGUACGCGGCCCACCGCCGGCGCGUAAACCGCCGUGAUACCAACAGCUGAAAAAACGGUUCAAUCGUCGCGAUUCGUCCGCACCGAUCGGCAGUGCCGGGGCGGUCGUCGCGGAAACCGCCGUACUGGACGUCGCAUAUGUGGACGUCUGUUGGAACGGGGGAAAUUCGAUUCGACGUAAUACCGUUCGUCCCGUGAACGGUACGCGCAAUAAGGACUUUUGCGGAGAAAAAAAAAAACCGCGUACCAUCUGCGGGUAAACCCGUGACGUCGUUUAACAGGGGAAUCGACAUUUUUCGACGUUCGGUUUUUGUUGUAGAAAAAAAAAAAAAAAAACGUUUUAUUCCGUACCUGCAAAAUAUCGUUCCGUUCUAUGAACGUUCGUGUUUACGCCGCGCGCCGCGUCAAUAAUAACAACGGUAGGAUUUCGCUGGUCCGUCCGUGUAACACACCCGCACGUACGACACCCAGACGUUGACUUGUUCUUAUUAUUAUUACAAUAUCGUUAAGUACUUAGGUGUAUUUUUUUUUUUUUUUUUAAACUGCUGUCCCACGUACUUACUGCCAUCGUCAUAUAGCCGCGUUAAUGUUUUUUUUUUUUUUUUUUUAAUUUUUUCCGAUUUUUACGACGUCCGUCGCGCGUACGGUCACGGCGUAAAAAAAUAUUGCGUAUUCGUAAUAUUCUUGUCGGGGGAAAAAUAUUGGUGUACAUUACACCGUUUUCGCGAACACUAUAAAUAUGAUUAAUAAUCACCGCUGUUUUAAGUAUGAUCGAGAAAUUCGCUACGGCACGAACCGGUCCGCGACACCGCUACACUGGGUCGGUUUUGCGCGCCAGGUCGCGAUCGAUUAUCGGCCACGGACGGCCGCGCAAACAAAACCGAUUCGGUUCGCCAACCCGGACCCCGGUCCCGACGCCCACAUCCCACCUACCCCCACACAUCCCCCCCCAUCCCCACCCCCGUCUCGCGUCGCGAUCAACUCGAUUUCCUUAUCGGCUAUUCGGUACCGUAAUGGCCGUACGUACGUCCGCUAUUGCGCGGCGUGCAGUGGGUAAACCAACCGCGGCCGGAAAACAUCCGCGUCGGUAAAACGCACGCGGCUCCGGUCACUCGGACGUUGGACGGUAAAACGUGCGAAUUGUUAUUAUGUUCGUGGGCGCAAAAACGUUACGAGACAACACGACAAAUCGAAAUCGGGGGAAAAAGACUGUUCGUGACCGGUG